GAAUACUGUUCUUCGUUUCAUAAAGUUUACUUGCGUUUUGCGUUCUGUGAUUCAUUCAAAGAUAGAAGAAUCUGGUACAUACCUACACGUGGCUGUUGAAAGCUCGUGCUUUUUGGGAAUCUGUCGAAAUGUCUACGUCUGAAAACCGUGAAUGGGUAAAAGAUUUCAUAAGGUUGUACCAUUCAGAACCAUGCCUCUGGAAAACUAAAUCGAAAGAAUAUCAAGAUACUAAAAUUAAAGACGAGGCUUACGAGAAGUUGAUAAAAAAAAUUUCCGAAGUAGAACCUGGAGCAAAUAAGGAGAAAGUUCUUCGCAAGAUUGACAAUUUACGUUAUAAUUACACAGUGGAGCUGAAAAAGGUUUGGGCAACUAAGUCCGAAAUGACAGGUAUCGAAACUUAUGAACCCGAGCUAUGGUAUUUUCCAUUGAUGAGGUUCUUGGACAAAGAAGAAAAAGCGAAAGACCCAAUAAGAUGUGAAGACAUAACUUCAGAUGAAGACGACAUGGCUUCACCUUCAAAUGCCUCAUCACAUGAUAGGAGCAAUAUUGGAGAUGAAGACGUUUUAGAACUUGGGCAUGAAGAGGAUUUUCAUGAUUUAUUCGGCAAAAUGGUAGCGAUGAAGAUGAAAAAAAUGAGCGAAGAUCAGAGAUUGUUGGCUAAAAAAAUGGUCGAUGAUAUUUUACACGAUGCUGCUUGCGGUAAGCUGACAGCUCAGCAUUGUUUGUUAGAUGGCGAUGGGGAAAUAAUAAGAGAUUCUCGAUCACUACAGGAAUCUAUGAUCGCCUCAUCAUCAUUUCAUUCUCUGUAUCAGCAGCAGCCGACACCAUCAAGAUGUACUGAUGAUGUAGAAAUGAAAGAAGAGGACUAGACUGAUUUCAUGCGAUGAAAGCGAAACAAAGCAUAUGGGGAAUUUUUCUCGAUGUGAAAUACAUAUACUUAUUUUAUCUUGACUGUAAUGUUCAUUUUUGUUAUCUAUUAAAGAUAUAGAAAAUUA